UUCGGCAGACGCGACAGAAGAACGGAAUGCGCGAGGAGGCUUAACCAAGCAUCCAUGGGGUUGCCAAGUUUGUAUGGGAUUGCUCGGCCUGAAGACUGAAGUUACCGAGUCCCGCGUGGCAAGAAAAGGGGCGGCAUCAAGUGGCGGUGAUGAAAGAGUGGAUAAUUAUUGUAGAGCGGGAAUGUUGAUGACAGCUUCUACAUUUUCUUGGGUUGAGAAGUCGUGAAAAGUGGUGCAUGCUCAAAUGCUUACCAGCUCCACCAAGACAAAUGCUGGAGAUGAUGCUAUUCACAUUCGGGACACGCUGGUGGUCACACUGAACUGUGUUGCGUUCCGCUGGGAAGAUGUUUCCACUUCUUUGAGGUGCAUUGCCCUUCGAGAUUGCAAAAUUCCAGCUAUCCGAGGCCCCUUUCGCCUUCGCCCUCCCCAGCUGCAUUUGCCCAUGUGUCCGUCCCCCGUGAAUGGAGGAGGACAGUGUGGUAGAGAAGCCGAUAGCAUAGGUCGUCAGCAACGUCUUGUUUCGAGGAGGGUGGUCGCUCGUGUCUUCGGAAGGGUUCGAAGGAGGAGAUCAUUCGGGGCCGGGCGAAUGGCCGGCUGGGUCUCGGAGAAUUUGCAUGUCGGUUUGUCGCCAACGAGGCUGUGGUCAACGAUGUCAAAGAGUUGGAGGGGGGAUUUGGGAGUCCUGAGCUUGGGGACGGCCUGGUGCCAGACUGCAUUUUGGUGUUUCCUGGGGAACCUCUGGUCCGGGUGUCGAAGCCCACAAAGAAAGCGGCGGGUUGAUGGACGUCGGUGUUCGGGUUGGCAUGUUGGGGAUUGGGUGUGUCUCAGUAUAAGGUGUGUCGAUGCUGGGACCACAGUCGCGUGGCUGUUGACGAUAGAUCAACUGCUUCUCGAUGGGAGAUGGCAGAGUUGAUCUUGUCUCCGGUAUCUUGUUUCCGGUGCUCUCCGAUGCCUCGAGGGCGCACGUUGACUUGCAACAAAAAGCUUCUCUCUGACCAUUUUUUGCGAGCCGG